UCAGGACCGUCAUGCCGCCAUGACGUCGGUUCAGAAUGGAAUACGACAGUAGCGCUGCUGGAACGAUAGCUUUCAGGCGUUGGUCAAAAAUGACCCUGAGGGUCCCCCUACGAGGGUGAAGGCGCGACUAUAUCGUUGUGGACGAAUGUGGAGCUCAGCGUAUAAAACGUCGCUUUUCGAUCGGCUCUCCCAACGUCGGGCGUACCAUUUGGAUUUUCACCGUUUAAGUAGAGCCGAGGGGAAGCUAAAGCCGACCAAGCCCAGGAGAAGCUUUGCCGUGGAGCCGUAUAAUACCUACGCGAACGACGCUAUGCAAAUAAAUACGGCGCAAACGGGAAUGUAGGAAAGUAAAGCGGAGAAUAAAUUGAAACGACGGAGGCGUCGAGGGACGAUAGCAAAUUAUGGAUGAUAUACACUCGGCGCAAUGCCUACCCCCCACGUUAGAUGGAAAUUAAAGAUACCAUCAUCGGACGUAUUCCUGGAAUUGGAGUCAGAUGAAUUUUGUCAAAGGAAUCGAAAGAUCCACAGGCUGUGACAGAGCACAUAGUACAAGUAAAGAGGAUUUCUCUCGGGGUCGGUGGUGCCUUGGUGGAGCUGGCACAGGAUCCUGAACGGGGUAGCUGGGCCAACCCCAUUGAGUUUGUUUUAUCCUGCAUCGGGUAUGCCGUUGGCAUUGGCAAUGUUUGGCGUUUCCCUUACCUUGUAUAUCUUAAUGACGGCGGCAUUUUUUUAAUACCAUUCAUCUUAAUGUUGAUAACCAUGGGAUUACCAAUAUUUUUUCUGGAACUCGCAAUCGGACAGUAUUCGGGUCUUGGCCCUAACGAAGCGUUCACCAGGAUCGCACCAGCUUUUCAGGGUGUCGGCUAUUGUACCCUCGUCGUCAUUUUGCUGGUAAUGGUCUACUACAUGGUGAUCGUAGCCUGGACUCUUUUCUACACUUUCGUCUCGUUCAUGCCAAAGCUGAAAUGGGCCUAUUGUGACAACGAUUUCAAUACGAAUGAUUGUUAUAGUGGUCUGCAAGAGCUCGAGUGUCAACAAGGAAACCCAGAAAUGGUAUUUUACAAUAAAGGUUGCGCACUUGCGAAGGAAGUCUGUCAGAUUUACGGUUUUCAAGGGGGUAAUAGCACAUUCUGUAUUGACGGUGACAGGGUGGAACCUCUUCGACAAUUGUACAAACGUGUCUUGUCUUCAGAGGAAUAUUACAACGACUAUGUGCUGGGUCUACGGGGAGCCACGUGGGACCAUUUCGGAGGCAUAAGAUGGGAAUUGUUGGGAUGUCUCACCCUCGCCUGGAUAAUCUGCUUCCUCUGCCUGAUGCGUGGUGUCCAGUCCAUCGGCAAAGUCGUCUACUUCACCGCCCUUUUCCCUUACGUCAUGCUCACGGCACUACUGAUACGAGGUGCCACGCUGGAUGGCGCUGGGGAUGGUGUAAUUUGGUUCAUCACGUUCAACUGGUCCAGACUAGGGUCCACUAAUAUCUGGGGUCAAGCUGCUUCUCAAGUUUUCUACUCACUUGGAAUUGGUUGCGGGUCAUUGAUCACCCUGUCUAGUUACAGUAAUUUUAAAAAUAAUUGUCACAGAGAUGCAAUUUUCGUGACCAUUACGAACCUGCUCACCUCUAUAUUCGCCGGUUUCGUGAUAUUCUCCAUCAUGGGAUUCCUCUCGAAGCAAAUGGGCUUACCAAUAAGCCAAGUAAUCAAAAGCGGCACGGGGCUGGCUUUUAUCGCGUACCCGGAAGCUGUGGUACGGAUGCCUUGGCCCAACGUCUGGGCCGUUCUAUUCUUCACGAUGCUGUUCAUUCUCGGUAUCGGUAGCCAAUUCGCAGGCGUGCAAGCGAUAAACACCGCCAUAUUGGACCUACGACCAGAUUUACGAAAACACGAGAGCUACGUGGUACUUGGCAUAUGCGUCACUUGUUGGCUACUCGCUAUACCGAUGGUUUUCGACGGUGGUAUUUACCUGUUCACCCUGAUGGACUGGAACACCGCUUCUUGGGCCAUACUAUUGAUCGGCAUCGGGGAAGUUGGCGUGGUAUCCUGGUGUUACGGCUGCAACAAAUUCCUGCGUAACAUUGCCGAGAUGCAAAUGCAAUUCGGCCUUUUGCUACGUGGAUAUUGGUGGCUCAGUUGGGUCGUCCUUGCGCCUAUCACCUGUCUGGCGGUGUUCGUGUAUCAAAUUUAUACGUACGAGUUGCCUCACUACGGAGAGUACACAUUCCCUGGUUGGGCGAAUGCUAUUGGAAUACUGAUCGGUUUGUCUACCCUGGCACCGAUGCUGUUCUUUUUCAUCCAUCGAGUCUGGAAGGGUCCGAGGGACUGGAGUUUGUUUCGACCCGCGAAGACGUGGGGACCGACCGUAGGGAAAAAUGCGGACAACGAGACUUCACUUAGAUUAUCUGUCAAAAACGAGCAAUCGUCUGGUGAAAAAAGGCAAGAGGAUUGCGUUUAGUAUAUUAAAUAAAAUUAUUUCUUUUUUUUU